AUGGGUCUACUGGUGGAAAGCCCUGACAGAGAAGGAGUUGUAAACAAAUAUGAGCAGCAGGGAGAGGAAGAGGGAAACAAAAUCCAAGCGGAGGCCCGCGCCUGCACCCCGUCAACACCAACUAGCAAGAAGAGAAAGAAAAACAAGAGGAGAUGAUUGCGGAUCUGUCUCACAAACUGCAAAUUUGAAAGUGUGCGGCGAGCUGCUCAUAAAUACGGCCUCAGGGAGGUCAUGGAGGAGGAAGAUUGGACACUGUUUUGGACGGACUGCUCUGUGUCGUUGGACCGUGUGAAGGACAUGAAGCGUUACCAGAAAAUAAACCAUUUACCAGGGAUGAGCGAGAUCUGCCGCAAAGAUUUACUGGCAAGAAACUUGAACCGCAUGCUGAAACUUUUUCCUAAGGACUACCACAUCUUCCCAAGAACGUGGUGCCUUCCUGCAGAUUACGGAGACUUCCAAGCUUAUGCCAGGGGCAAAAAAAACAAAACAUACAUCUGUAAACCAGUUGUGGGUUGCCAAGGCAAAGGUAUCAUCAUCACCAAAUCCACUAAAGACAUUCAGCCCGGAGAACAUUUGAUCUGCCAGGUUUACAUCUCCAGGCCUCUCAUAAUUGACGGAUACAAGUUCGACUUGCGGCUCUAUGUGCUAGUGACGUCAUGUGACCCAUUCAGCAUAUUCAUGUUCAAGGAGGGACUGGUCCGCUUCUGCACCACAGAAUACAACGAGCCCACACACGGCAACGUGAAUGACGUCUGCAUGCAUCUCACCAACUACUCCAUCAACAAGAACAGUGAGAACUUUGUCCGGGAUGAAGACGUUGGCAGUAAACGAAAGUUUUCCAGCCUCAACAAGCACCUUGAGUCCACCAACUGCAACGUAGAGAAUAUGUGGAAUGACAUCGAGGACAUCGUCAUAAAGACUCUGAUCUCUGCUCACCCCAUCCUGAAGCACAAUUAUCACACGUGUUUCCCCAACCACGCCACAGGCAGCGCGUGCUUCGAGAUCCUGGGCUUCGAUGUGCUGUUGGACCACCGGCUCAAACCCUGGCUGCUGGAGGUGAAUCACUCCCCGAGUUUCACCACAGACUCACAGUUGGACCGUGAGGUGAAAAACGCCUUGCUCUAUGACUCUCUGGUCCUCAUCAACCUGGGCGCCUGUAAUCAUCACAAGGUCAUCAAAGAGGAGAGACGUAGGGUGCAGGACAGGCUGCAACAGAACCGCUGCAGAGGGGCCAGGUCCGAGGAGCUGCAUCAGAGCCAGGCAUUCCUGCUGGAGCAGAUGGAGAAGUACGAGGCCGCACACCUGGGGGGUUUCAAAAGGAUCUAUCCCAGAGAGGGAGGGGAAAAGUUCGACAAAUACUUCAAACAUAGCAGCUCGCUCUUCCAGGAGACUUCAGCCUCCAAGGCCAGAGAGGAGUGUGCCAGGCAACGCCUGCAGGAGCUGCAGCUGAAGCAGCAGCAGAAGCAGAAGCAGAAGCAGAAGGGAGGUCGGAGGAGAGACUUGCAGGGGGAGACGGCGGGGGAGAGAGUCAGACCCCUCCGAGCUGCUCGGCCUCGCCGUGACCCUCCGCCGUCCCCUCAGUCCGACGUGCCGGUGGAUACAGAGGCUGGUGAGGUCCAAGAGGAGGAGGAGCAGUGUGAGAGGGAGGAGGAGGAAGGGAAGGAGGCUGACUCGGAGGAGCAAGAGCGGAUCCACUCGCUGCUCCAGAGGAAGAAACUGCUGCAGGAGCAGGGGGUGGUGGAGCAGAUCCAGCACUCGCUGCAGGGCCAGAGGGGGAGAGGUGGAGUCCUGCAGGACGUCAGGGAAGCCUGCAGACAUCAGCAGAGUGAGCAAGUUCAUCAGAGCCAAGAGGAGACAAAGUUUGAUUUCUUGACAUCAUUUUCCCAAACAGCGAAACAGCAGCAGCCCCUUCCUCAGAUCUCACAGCAGCAGCGGCUUGACCCUCUCCUGACUCAGCAGCGUUUGCUCGGGGCCUCCGUCGCCCCGAGGAGCCCGCAGGAGUCCAUCUCCCUGCGCUGGCAGCCCCAGGUCCUGAAAAAACAUGGACAAACACUGAGUACCGUCUCUGCACAUCAGACGCCAGAACCAGGUACAAAUACAGCUGAACACUCCAGUAGCUAUCCCCUUUUCAGGCAGACCAGCAGGAGCAGCUCCUCAGAGAGCCCGUCCCGACCCAGCAACCCCGUCCUAAACCGCGUCCCUAAAGGGGCUCUGCGCCCUGCCUGCACGCCCCAGAACCCUGCGGCCCUGCAGAGCCUGCACAUCAUCUCCACACGUGUCCCGCUGCUCAGGAGGCCUGGCUUUUGUCACAUCAGCUCCACUCAUAGAGCUCCCCAAUACAAGGACCGACCCCUGAAACCCAGCGAGCAGGGGCUGAAAAUCCCCACUGCUGGGACCUCUGUCCCUGAAGCUGCAGCAGGGUUUGCUUGUACAAGCAGCGAAUGAGGAGAGCUGGAGGUGGAGGACAGUGGAACUGGGAGAAUGCAGUGAAACACACGGUGAAUGGAAAGAAUGUCCUGUGUUUGUUCUGCCUGUUAAACAACCUGUAGCACUGCUGCGGCUUUUUGACUUCAUAUGUAAGAAUCUGAAGUUUGAUGAUCACACACACAUCACAAAUAGAGUGCCAAUGUUAAAGCAGACGGACCUGGUGUAACUGCAGGGAUCCAAAUCACAUUUCCUCAAAGAUCAAACACAAUUAAUACAUUCAGUGUUAAUUGGUUUUUGAUAUAAACCUAUUUUUGGCUCUGUGAAACAGUGAUGUAAUCUGGGUUUAUAGCCAUCAAAGUAUUAAUGGAUCUCUAAAAAGAAUCAUACUGAAAGUGGUGUGGCUGAGAAACAUGGAAAAUAAAACCUGCUGCUUCUUGUCUGGUGGAUUUUUUUUAUUUGUUUUCUUUUUAGUACAUUCAAAUGCAAAAAAAAAAAACGAAUUUGAAUUGACAA